AUGGUCGGCUCUCGGAACGGCGUCAAGCCGAGCUUCGCACGUCGUCGCCGCCCUGGCGCCGUGCCACGGAGUGCGAGAAUAGAGCCGAAGGCCGGCGCAGUAGAGGUAGAGGCGGAGGCAGCGACUGCAGUGUUGGCCGCGAUGCGGGGCGCGGUCGGAGCGGGCCGAGCCCGCGGCGGCUCGGUGCGCAGCCACGGCUCCUCGUCGGACGCCACCGACGUGGACCCCCGCGAGCGCCUCAAGGCCUGCUGCCGCCGCCUCGUCGCCUUCAUGUGCACCCAGGUGGGGGUGGGCGCGCUCGUCGUCGGCUACGCGAUCGUGGGCGCCGUCGGCUUCAUGUGGCUGGAGCGCGGCCACGACAGUCCGCUGCUGGAGCAGGAGCGCACUGUCAUCGGCAUGCGGGCCGCCUGUGCCGACGAGCUUUGGGACCUAGUGGACCGGCACAACACGCUAGACGGCGCCGCCGCGUGGGCGCGCGACGCGGACGUGGUGCUGCGUCGCUUCCAGGACGUGGUGGCGCGCGCCGCUCGUGCCGGCUACACGGGCGCCAGCCUCGACAACACGUGGUCCUUCCCCGCCGCGCUCAUGUUCUGCCUGUCCGUCUUCACGAUGAUCGGCUACGGCAACCUGGUGCCCCGCACCUCGUGGGGCAAGGCCGUCACCGUGCUGUACGCCGUGUUCGGCAUCCCGCUGUACGUGCUGUACUUCAUGAACAUGGGGAAGGUGCUCGCGACGACGUUUCGCUGGCUAUACGCGCGCGUGCACGAGUGCAGCCGCGACAGGUCUCCGCGCCUGCGCCGGGGAGGUUCCGUGGGCCCCGCGCCCCCGCCGCGCCGCGUCAUAGUCCCGUCCACCGCUUGCCUCUGGGUCAUUGCCGCCUAUAUCCUCGCCGGCACCAUCAUGUUCGCCGAGUGGGAAGGCUGGAACUACCUCAACAGCACCUACUUCUGCGUCACCAGCUUGUGUAAAAUUGGCAUAGGUGAUUUUGUGCCCGGUGCCAACAUCAGUGACUCGCACGGCGGCAGCCAGACCAAACUUGUUAUCAACUUCGUAUACCUCUUGCUGGGAAUGGGACUGGUGGCGAUGUGCUAUAAUCUCAUGCGGGAGGAAGUGCGUGUGAAGGUGCGAGAGGUGAAACGGGAACUCGGGCAGUGUCUCGAAGAUACCCGGACGCGUAUGGCGUACUGCACUGAGCCUUCGGAAAAUUGACAGCUUAGCCGUGGUUUUGUGCGUGGUACCUUGACUUGCGACGAGAGGUGGCGCUUUAAGAUUUGCCACUCACUGUGAAAAAUACUCUUUAAAGUUUACAAAACUCAGAACUCACCUUAUGUGAGAGUAAGUUAUUUAACAAAAGGAGUUUUGCAAUUACUAUAUGCAAGGGUACUUGCAAAACUGGACGUUUUCAAAUUUUCUGGCGUUUUCUGACCUAGCUUUGUGACACACUGGUCGACGUAUCCCCAAGUUCGUGGAUGCCUUCUAGAAGAGGGGGGGGGGGGGGGAAAUCGUCUGGUGCGUUUCGUUACUGGCUUCACUCUGCCGCUUUAUCUUUUGAAAACUUCUGACCCAGCAAAAGUUAUUUUAAAACCUCAAGUUUGAAAGUAAACGGUAAUACAAAAUAAAAAUUUUAGUUCAAUAUAAUAUCCAGAACAGAAAAUAAUUUAGUGUGCAUGUCAUUGAAGCUGCGGAACACUGUUAAAAGCAUCCAUUGGCUCAAAGUGGCGGAUGUAAAGUUGCGAACAACACGUCAUUUAAUGUUCUUAUAUACAAGAGAAGGCAUUUCUCUCUCUCUCUCUCUCUCUCUCUCUCUCUCUCUUUCUUUCUUUCUUUUUCCCAUGGAGCAGCAGUACUCCUUGUAAUAGGCCUCCAUGGCAGUUUUGAUGGUAUGGCAAGCUUCAGCUGUCUCACUGCCACAUCACUCUAUUGAGAAGUGGUUGCAGAUUGGCACUUCUCCUGGAAGUUUUCCAGUAUAGAAAUCUUGACAUUCCUAAAGAUUGUCAGCACGACUUUCAGUGAAUGCCCGUCUUUGAACGUUUUCUUGUUCUGAGAUGACUGAGUCUGCUUCACCUCGCAGGUCGCGCGUUGAUCAAGAAGAGCAUCGUCUCCACACCCAUGAUGAUGUCCUAAGACAUGUCUAGCAUACGUGCUGCGAUCGUCAGUCAGUUACCUUCAAGCUCAUUCGUUACCCCUACAGACAAAAUCGAAAUGGGUGAUACUGUGCGCGGAUCAGUGACUCGUGUUUAAUUCCAAAUGCUGUGCGUAGUGACGCGUAUUUACUAGUCAGUCUGUUUACCUAUGUCUGUUCAGAAGGACAUUCGUCUUGUCACAAAUAUUGUAUCUUUUUUUUUUAAUCUUUCCGCCCAUUCAAAAACUAGAUCUAUAUUUCAACGAUUAUAUUUCAUACUGUCUCACUAUUCUGACUUCGAUUUCAAAUGUUUUCAAUCCUUCUGACCACAAUGCGUGAUUAAUACUUAGGGUGCGUGGCGGAGCGUAUUUCUGGUAAUUUCUGUUCCUCCUCUUCCGUGUUCUAUUCGCAAAUGGCACAUGGGAAGAUAGAUUGUCAGUAAACUUAUGUAUUAGCUCAAAUUUCUCGGAUUUUCUCGUUGUGCUCAUUUCGCGAGAGGUAUGUGGAAGAAGGUAAUACGUUGCCUGAUUCUUCUUGGCACGUACGCUCUCGAAAUUUCGAUAGUAAAGUUCGUCGCUAUGCACAAUACUUCUCUUGUAUCGUCUGUCAUUGGAGUUUGUUGAACACAUCUGUAACGCUCUAGCGCCGACCAAAAGAUCUAGUGACGAAACUCGCCGCUGUUCGUUGGAUCUUCUAGUUAGUUUCAUGUUCCAUGGAUCUUUUUGCACGAUAAAAAAGAUGUGAAACGAGUGAUUUUACAUUCACAUCACAAAUUAAUUUGUAAAUAUGGUUACAUGCUGAACAUUUAUAAGUUGUUUCCUUUUUUAAAUUUCUUGUCUCUUCUACUAAUCUAAUCAGAUGAGGGUCCCAGACAGAUAACCGAUAUUUAAGAAUCGGAAGAAUCGCUAAAACACUUCUUUUGUGGAUGAAUCAUGUUUCCUUAAGAUUCUUCCUACAAACCUCAACCUACCAUCUCCUUUUUCUGUAGUUUGAUGCAUAUGGUAAUUUCACUUUAUGUUGCACUGGUUGGUUAUUCCUAGGUAUGUUACGGCACCUUACAGAUUCCAUUGUUUUGUCGUCAAUAGAGUAAUGGUAAAGCAGUGAAUUUAUGCGCAUAACAUUACAUUUAUUUACGUCCAGGACCAACUGCCAGUCUCUGCAUCAAUCCUCUACAGGUCUUCUUGCAGUUCGCUAGUCGUAUAGCAUUGUUGCCGCCUUAUAGAUAAAAAGCAUCAUCUGUGAACAAUCUGACGGAGCUUCUAACGUUUUCCACUAGAUUGUUGAUAUACAUUGUAAACAGUAAAGGUUCUAUCAAACUUACUUGCGGUACACCUAAAAUUACCUUUACGUCUCCAGAUUUUCUUUCACAGAGAGCACCGUUUCGAGUUCUUUCGGCAAGGAAGGCAUGAAUCCAGUCACAAAUCUGGCCCGAUCUCGGUAAGCUCGUACUCUUUUCACUAAACGACAGUGCGAAACUGUAUAAACCAUCUUUCUG